CCUCUAACUCCACUAUAUUCUUCAUCGCUCUUUCACUCUAGCUCUUGAGAACCUCACUCUCCACCACAAAGCAAGAUGAUCACCCCGGAGGACUUCUACACCGUUAUGUGCGCCAUGGUCCCCCUCUAUGUGGCCAUGCUCCUCGCCUACGCCUCCGUCAAAUGGUGGAAGAUCUUCACCCCCGAGCAGUGCUCCGGCAUCAACCGCUUCGUCGCCGUCUUCGCUGUCCCGGUCCUCUCCUUCCACUUCAUCUCCCACAACAACCCCUACCAGAUGGACACCCGCUUCAUCCUCGCUGACACCCUCUCUAAGCUCCUCGUCCUCCUCCUCCUCUCCCUCUGGGCUUGCCUCUCCCCCUCCUCCCCCGGCCGCAGCCGCCUCGACUGGCUCAUCACCCUCUUCUCCAUCGCCACCCUCCCUAACACCCUUGUCAUGGGCAUUCCCCUCCUACGUGCCAUGUAUGGAGACUUCACCCAAAGCUUAAUGGUCCAGCUGGUCGUCCUACAGUGCAUAAUUUGGUACACUUUGCUGCUCUUCCUGUUCGAGUAUCGCGCGGCCACUCUCUUGAUCCAAGAGCAGUUUCCGGGGCCGGUGGCGGCGGCCAUCGCCAAGAUCAAGGUCGACGGCGAUGUCAUCUCGUUGGACGGGCGAGACCCGAUCCACGCCGAGUCGGAGAUGGAUGCGGACGGGAGGGUUCGUCUCCGGAUCCGGCGGUCCGUGUCAUCGGCGCCGGAAUCCGGGUUGUCGUCGUCGGUGGGGUUCACGCCGGCCCGCCUGUCGAACAUAUCGGGCGCGGAGAUAUACUCGCUGAACACGCCGGGCCGGCAUCCCAUGGAGCAAUUCACCAUCGCCGACGUCACGUUUGGGUACCGGUCGGCGAGCCCGCGGCUGUCGGGGUAUGCGUCGUCGGAUGCGUACUCGCUGCAGCCGACGCCGAGGGAGUCGAAUUUUAAUGAGAUGGAGAUAGGGACUCCGGUGUGGAUGAGGUCGCCGGCGGCGGCGGCAGGAGGAGGGAGGGUGGCCCGGCAGCAGUCGCCGGCGGUGGCCAAGGUGGUGCGCGGUUGUCACGAGGGUGGCAGCGGUGGUGGGGAGGGACAAGGGGACAAGGAUGUUGGAGUGGAGAAAGAGAUCAGCUUUAGAAGCACUUCAAAGUUUGCAGUACGAGAAGAUGAUGAAGAGAUGAAUGGAAGAGAAAAUCAGGAGAUGCCUCGAGCUAUGGUUAUGUUAAAGCUCAUCUUAACCAUGGUUGGCCGGAAGCUUUCUCGCAAUCCCAACACAUAUUCAAGCAUUCUAGGCCUACUUUGGUCUUUAAUUUCAUUCAAAUGGGAGGUCAGCCUGCCAAGUUUGGUCAAGAACUCGAUAAAAAUUAUUUCAGAUGCAGGGCUUGGGAUGGCCAUGUUUAGCCUAGGUUUGUUCAUGGCUCUUCAGCCAAGGAUAAUUGCAUGUGGUGCAAAGAUGGCAAUGCUAAGUUUGGGUAUUCGAUUUUUAAGCGGUCCUAUUAUAAUGUCAGCUGCAUCAAUGGCAGUCGGGUUGAAAGGAGUUCGACUUCAUACAGCUAUUGUACAGGCGGCUCUUCCUCAAGGUAUUGUACCAUUCGUCUUCGCUAGAGAAUACGGGCUACAUCCAGACAUACUUAGCACCGGGGUAAUCUUUGGCAUGCUUGUCUCCUUGCCCAUAACCCUUCUAUACUACAUACUCUUGGGCCUAUGAAGGGAGGUUCCCAUCACCAAAUAAAGCCAAGGGAAACAUCCAAAGGAAGAUGGACCCAUUGAUAACGACUGAAUGGUGUUACCAAUGCCAAUGUCAUGUUAACUGGUUCCCAUCCUACUGAGAUCUAAGGGUUUUACAUUUGGAGCUCAAAGUUACAGCUCUAAGAGGGUCCAUCAUCCCCUUAAAUGGUGGAUCAUUUGAGAGAAUUUGAGUUGGUUGAAGACCAAAGAGGGCUGGUAAAGGUGCACCACCCUACAAUGACUAGUGGUGGCCGAAAGGAAAUGAAUUAUGAAUUAUCAUGGACCAUGAUAAGGGUGGUAGAAAUAAAUAUCAUCUUGUUGUGGGGUAGU